AUGUCUGGUCCUUUCUCUAGCCCCUUUGGGGAGAACAGCAACCCCUUUGGAACGGAUAGGGGAAAGAGGACAAACAACGCCAUCCACCGCGUUGCUGAAGAAGAUGAGAACGACACCAUCACAUCCCCUACAAACCCCCGGUUCGGAUCAUCACCAAACUCCGCCUCCAUGUUCUCGGGCCCUUUCGGUGGCGGCUUCGGCGGUGAUGCCUCAGCUGAUGCACCUCCCCCUUCUCGAAACAUUCCCAACCCUGAUAGCUACCCUGCUCAGUACAACUUUGGUCGCCGAACUUCAGUAUCUGCGGAAUCUCUGAAGCCCAGUGCCGACUCUUAUGAUAAUUGGACACCUCCCUUACACGAGAAGACCCCGGAUCAGCUUGAGCGUCUCAAACGUGCCAUUGAGGGCAACUUCCUCUUCAGUCACCUAGAAGAUGAGCAAAGUGCCCAGAUUCUAGGAGCUCUUGUUGAAAAGCCGAUACCAGCCAAGGGUAUCAAGGUAAUCAGCCAAGGCGAUGCCGGCGACUAUUUUUAUGUUGUUGAAAAGGGAUCUUUCGACGUAUAUGUCAACCCUAGCGGCUCGCUCCAGCCUGGCCCAGAUGGUAUGGGUAACCAAGUUGGUAAUAUUCAGGCUGGUGGUUCGUUUGGAGAACUGGCACUGAUGUACAAUGCGCCCCGAGCUGCGACCGUUGUAUCGGCCGAGUCUGGUUGUACCCUGUGGGCACUCGACCGUGUUACUUUCCGACGCAUCCUCAUGGAAUCGACCUUUGCUCGUAGACGCAUGUAUGAGAGUUUCUUGGAAGAAGUGCCACUCCUCUCAAGCUUGAACCCAUACGAACGAUCCAAGAUUGCUGAUGCCCUGGAAACCAAGAAAUUCGCACCAGGGGAGGUUAUUAUCAACGAGGGAGACCCUGGUCACGCAUUUUAUCUGUUGGAGAGUGGUGAAGCCGACGCUUAUAUCGGCCAACCUGACAACAAGGUUCGCCAUUAUAAGAAGGGCGACUACUUUGGCGAGCUUGCCUUGUUGAACGACGCCCCUCGCGCAGCUAGUAUCGUCGCUUCAUCGGCAGUCAAGGUGGGCAGCUUGGGCAAGAACGCUUUCCAGCGACUGCUGGGUCCUGUAGAGGGUAUUCUGCGAAGGACCAAGUAUCGAGAUGUCGUAACUGGUGUGGAGGAGAUGGAUCCUCUUCAUACUGGUUAG